AUGGCGGCUGCGCCCCCCCGCGACCGCGACGCCGCCCGCUCGCGCGAGGUGCGGCUGAGCCUCGAGAGCUGGCAGACGGCCCAGGGCUCGGCCAUCAACGUCGCGCUCAACGUCGACAACAUCGGGCUCGCCAACCUCCAGCGCACCGGCUACACGCCCCAGCCGUCCCCCGACCGCGCCCUCGCGGCCUUUGCCCAGCUCGCCGUCCUGCGCCUCGGCGUCGAGCGCGCCAUGGUCUCCCUCAUCGACAGCUCGACCCAGACCAUCCUCGCCGAGGCCAACCGCGAGGACAGCCACUCGGCUCCCGACGGCGCCGUCCGCCCGCCCACCGUUCUCUGGCUCGGCACCACGACCCUCGCCCGCCACGACGCCGUCUGCGAGCACUGCCUCGCCAGCACCUACACGACGACCUCGACGGCGCCCGACGGCCGCCAGCAGCACCACACGACGCAGGCCUUUGUCGUCCCCGACUGCAGCAUCGACCCCCGCUUCCAGAACCGCCCCUACGUCCGCGACAGCCCCUACAUCCGCUUCUACGCCGGAGUGCCCAUCAUCUCGCGUGCCGGCCACAAGAUUGGCGCCUAUGCCGUGUCCGACGGCCACGUCCGCGACGGCCUCAGCCUCGAGGACGUCCAGUUCAUGCAGGGCAUGGCCCGCACCAUCAUGGAGCACCUCGAGUGGGCGCGCGACCGCGUCGACCGCUUCAAGGGCGAGCGCAUCGUCCGCGGGCUCGCAGCCUUCAUCGAGAGCUCGGCCGGCCCGGGCGGCUUGCCACACUCGCGCGCCACCUCGACCGCCUCCAUUGACCACCGGCCCCGGACGCCCCAGGUCGCCCUCAACUCCCCGAGACACCCGCUCUCGCGCCAAACCUCGUACUUUGGCAACCCUGCUCCCGCCACCGCACCGCUGCUGGAGAAGAAACACGACACACACGACACCCUCGACGCUCAGGCCGGUGCGCUGCUGCCCUACUCGCCAGGGGCUCCGGAGCGGCGGCAGUCCAAGGGCAAGUCUUCGAGCAGCAACAAGCGGUCCAAGUCCGACUCCAUGUCGACCAUGCUCCAGCAGGCCGCCGACAUCCUGUGCCAGUCGACGCUCGCCGACGGUGCUGUGCUCCUCGGCGCGUCCGCCAGCAGCUCCCGCCAGACGAGCUGGGCCGCCGCACGUCCGGUCAACGGCGCUCUGUCGUCCGAAGACGACGAGCCAGUCGUAUCGUCCCCAGAUGCGUCAGACCUGCCUAGCGAUGUCAUGGACAGCAUGGCCAGCCCGUCGACGUUCCGGCAGAACCUUCUCCUUCCAGGCAUGGGUGCCAGCAUCACCUCAGAAGACGACAGCGCUAGCGAGAGGGACACGCCGCGCGAGAGCGGCCCGUCUCAUACGAGCUCCACGACGCAGCAAAGGGCGACCAAGAACGACAGCAACGACAAUCACCAUAAUCACCACCACCACCACCAUCACCAUCGCAAGAAGCCCAAGACGGAUCACACCGAGCUUCUCCAGCGUAUCCCUGGCGACAAGACGGUCGUGUUUGUGCCCCUCUUCGACCACACGGACAACAGCUUCUCUGGCGGCUGCUUCCUCUGGACGGCCGUCGCAGGCCGACUCAUGAAUCUUGACGACGACCUGUCGUACCUGCGAGCAUUUGCCAACAGCAUCAUGAGCCAGGUCGCCCGUAUCAGUGCUCAGAAGAAUGAAGCAGCCAAGACGACCUUUAUCGCCAGCAUAAGCCACGAGCUGCGCAGUCCCUUGCACGGCAUCCUGGGGGCCGCAGAGUUUCUGGCCGACACCUCGGCAGACUCGUUCCAGGCUGGUCUUGUCUCGUCUAUAUCGACGUGUGGCAAGACUCUGCUCGACACGCUCAACCACGUCCUCGACUACAGCAAGAUCAACCGUCUCGGUCGCACACGACGGCGCAAACCUGCAGACAAGGAGCAGGUCAUCAGCGGCAUAUCUUCUGACUCACUCGACAGCCUCAGCCUGACCGCUGUCGUUGACCUGUCGGCCCUUGUGGAGGAGGUCAUUGAUGCAAUCGUCAUAGGCCACACCUUCAAGCAGGUGCCUAACGCGUCGAUGCCCGAUGACGGAGCAAAAUCACUGGGUGUGGGCAAGCUCGCCCCGACCCCACAUGUUCGCUGGCCAGAGAAGAGCCCGUCUCGGUGCUGCCACUAUGCCCAUUUCGGAGGUCAGUCUGUCGUGAACUUAAGCUGUAGCGCUCUGCUUAGACAAUCGCUAUUGGUAAUCCGAAUGCUGGAAACCCUAAACCGUCUCUGA